AUGGCGACAACAAACCCUUUUAUUCAAACUUUCAGACUAGGAAAAAUAUUACAGCUUUCAGCACCAAAUGAUGAAAAUGUUCAAAAAAAUUUUGAAAGCGCCUCGCACAAAUGGCAAAGUUGCUUGAGUACACGCGUUAUGAAACUGAUUUUGCCAAAAGAAAGUAAUAAAUCUAUUGUUGAUAGCGUUGGAUCUUUAGGGAAUGUAAUUUGUAAUAAUGGCCUACUUCAACAAAGUGUGAUACUUAACGUUUGGGAAAAUUCAUUCCCAUUUGACACAUCAAAAGCGGAUGCUUUUGAUAAAGCGUCGCCUAAAAUCCAACUUAUUGCAAUAGAGGUCGCACAAUUUAUUGAUAAUAAAAUUUCAACAACUAAUGAUUUUUUUGAUUUAUAUAAUGAAGAACUUGUGUGGUGUGGUUAUAAUGAUAUAUUCGCCAAUUGUAUAGAUUUGUAUCAUAAACAAGAUUUUUUUACAUUACUUCUUUUGGGAAUUUCAUCUUUAGAGAGAAUAUUGGGUGAUAUAAUCUUUUCUAUUCAUCUUGAUACAUUUAUUAUCCCGUCUCUUAUCCGUGAUCUUCUCAUUGCUCCACCACUUGUUUCUCUGUUGGGAGAAGACAUAAUUUUUUUCUUACGUUGUUUAAUUGGUCCUCCAAAUUCAAUGAAUUUAAGAAAUAUUCUUUGGCAUGGAUUCAUUAGUCCUAACGAGUUUUUACCUAUUCCCGCUAAAUGGUAUUCUGCUCUCAUUAUAGUAAUCACUCUAACUAUUUGCCACAGAGUAAGACUUCGUGGCUUGAUAGAUUCGUUAAAAAAAAGAGAUGGUGCAAGUUUUGAAGGCUUUUUCCAUUUAUCUCAACCCAUGAUUAUUGCAGAAAAUAUUAUUACUAAAGAUGAGAUUGAUAAAAUUUUUGAUCAAGAAUACCAACGUAUUAUGUUUGGUCAAACAAUACCACCUCAAUACCCUCACAUUCUUAUAUUAAAAAGCUUACUUUACGAGAAUUUUUUCAUAAUCCAUCAAACACAUUCAACAUGGUCUCUUGCACUUAAUUUCUUAUCUUAUAAACAAGUAAUUCUUUUUCUAAUUCUAUCACUUCCCCUUUUUGAACAUUGUUUGCGUAGAAUUUUUGUUUGUGUGAAUAAAGUGCAAGAACGUCGACUGAGUACUGUGGAAGUCGGCCAAUAUUUUUUAACUUUGGACAUUAUUUUGGAAGAAAAAGUUUCUUGGGCCUAUUAUGAUCUAGACAAAGAAAUCGAGGACAAAGAACCUAGAAAUUUGAUUUAUGAUGAAUUUGGAGGUGGCAUCAUGGAUCUUAUGCUUGAUCUUUUUGUUCAUACCGCUGGUCCUAGGUUAAGAGACCGUAUAGCACAUGGAGAGGCAAAUUACCUCGUCACAUCCGUAGAUCCCAACCCGUUAUAUGAAUACUUUAUUUGUCUUUUAGUCGUUCUCUGGUGUAAAUAUAAAUCCAAAGUACCCAUGAUUAAGCAAGUAGAAGUAAUCGAAUCUGAUAGUUCACAAUUUUUUGUAAAUGACGAAAUAAUACAAAAUUAUGAGAAUUGGAUAUCCAACUACAAUUCAAGAUUUCACCCUAUUCCUUUACUUUUGAAAGAGAGUACUCAGUUGAUAAUCUUAAUCUGGAACUGCUGGAAAAUUGCCCGUAUAAUGGAACAAAAAGGUAGAUUUACAUUAGGCGAUUGGACAGAAUUAAUGUUUGAAGAUCAGAAAGACAGUUUAUUCCAGCAGAGCUUUCUCAAGGAAAUUAUGAAAAUGAAAAAUAUAACAGAUAUAAUACAUUUGUCCUGUGAAAAGUUAAAUAUAAUAAAAAUAAGAUGGUUUUGCCAUAGUAAAAAAUGUUACUGGAGUCAAUUAAGUAUUACAAAAGAAUGUUUAAAGAUAGUUAACCUUAAGCGCGUAGUGGUCAAGAAGGCCAUAUCUGGUGUUGAAAACCUUUAUAAUAUUUUUAGAACCCUAAAUUCUUCAACUUCUCUUUCUUCACGUAAACGCAAAAACACACAGACUCUCUUUACUUUAUUGCCAUUAAUCAUGCAACAUCUAUGUUAUUCAUUGUUUGCUCUUGAUUAUGCUACUGAACAAAAAUUUAUAUUAGGUAUAUUGAUAUUCAUUGAAAGAUGGUGUGGAUUUUGUGUAGAAGGAAAUUGGAAGAAUAUAAACGAUGCAUUUAAUGAAUUUACUAGACGUUUUUCUGAUAGUUUAUAA